AUGCGGCCGAGCCGGGGCAUAGGUGGAUCUACGGGCUACACUAUUCCAGACCAUCACCUUGUACUCACAGGGACCGGCUGUCGGAAAGCCCUCUUGAUCGGUAUUAAUUGUUCCGGUCAACGCGGCCAGCUCAGGGGCUGCAUUAACGAUGUCAGGAACAUGUCCGGCUAUCUCGUCGAGAACUUUGGUUAUAAGGGGGAGGAUACGGUCAUUCUUGCCGACGAUCAGCAGAACCCCAUAACCCAGCCAACGAAGCAGAACAUUCUCAGAGCCAUGUAUUGGCUCGUUAAAGAUGCCCGUCCAAACGACGCGCUCUUCUUCCAUUACUCUGGUCACGGAAGCCAAACCAAGGAUCUCGACGGUGAUGAGGAAGACGGGUACGAGGUCAUUUACCCGGUUGACUUCCGCCAAGUCGGCCAUAUUACCGACGACGAGAUGCACCGUAUCACGGUACGGCCGCUCCAAGCCGGUGUGCGUCUCACAGCUAUCUUUGAUUCUUGCCACUCUGGAACAGCGCUCGACCUGCCUUAUAUCUACUCCAUCCAGGGUAUCCUUAAGGAGGCUAAUCUCGCUAAAGAGGCUGGCCAGGGCACGAAGGCUGGCCAGGGCCUCCUUCGUGCCAUUUCGGCAUAUAGCCAGAGUGACCCAGGUAGUGUAUCCAAUAAUAUCUUGGGCUUCUUUAAGAAGGCUGCCGGUGGCGAGAAUGCUCAUGACCGCGCUAUGGCUACAAAGACGUCUCCCGCCGACGUUAUCAUGUUCUCCGGAAGCAAGGAUGAUCAAACCUCUGCCGAUGCAACGAUUGCGUUACAAGCCACUGUUCCCAUGUCAUGGGCAUUCAUCACCGCGUGGAAGAAAAUCCCCCAGCAGAGCUAUGUUGAACUAUUGAGUAGCAUCUAA